UGGAGCAUCGGCGGUCCUAGAAGGGAGGAGCGGGGAGACCGCUGGCAAGAUGGCAGCAGCUGAAGGCUCACAGGAUACUUUGCGGCUCCAGUUCAAGGCGAUGCAGGAGAUGCAGCACAAAAGGUUACAGAAGCAGAUGGAGAAAAAGAAGGAAAAGGAAUUGAGCCUCAAAAGCAGAACUGAUGACCAAAAAGAACCUUUAGAGAUCUCCGAUGGUCUCAGCCUUCUUGAGCAAGACUCAAAAAACUUCUUUGAGCAGAGGGUGCUUGAAGACGAGAUUGAACAGCUUCGAGAUGAGCUCAGGGAAACAGUCGAUGAGAAUGGGCGAUUGUAUAAGCUGCUGAAGGAAAGAGACUUUGAAAUUAAACACCUCAAAAAGAAAAUAGAAGAGGACAGAUUUGCCUUCACAGGGACAGCUGGUAUGGCUGGAGAUGUGAUCGCCACCAAAAUUGUCGAGCUGUCCAAAAAGAACCGGGUGCUGAUGGCAGAGUCAGAGGGUGCGAAAACCAGAGUGAAGCAGCUGACCAAUCGCAUCCAGGAGCUGGAGCAGGAACUGCAGACAGCCCUGGCCAGGAUACCAGCCAAUGGGGCCACCGACGCAGGAACCAAACCAUCGAAGGCACAGAUAGGAGACAAGACCUUGCUGGAGACCCCAGAGGUGAAGGCCCUGCAGGACAGGCUGAUGGCCACGAAUCUGAAGCUGAGUGACCUCCGCAACCAGAUGAAGUCUGUGAAGCAGGAUCUCCGGAUGGCCCACAAGGUUUUGGCCAAUGAGGUUGGGGAAGACGUGAACAUCCAGCAGCUCCUCUCCUCACCAGGGACCUGGAGAGGUCGGGCUCAACAAAUUCUCAUUUUGCAGAGCAAGGUUCGAGAGCUCGAGAAGCAGUUGGGACAGACCCAGAGCCGACCUUCAGGAGCAGCCAGUGAUGAGCUGUCUGUCUGUCCAGACCCAAGGAAGCUGUCAGCACAGGACAAAAACCUGCUGAGGAUUCGCAACCUGGAAAGGGAGAAACAGGAAGCCUGGGAGAAACUUGCCAGUGAGCGGGACGCCCUCCAGAGGGAGAUGGAAGAGCUAAAAAAGAAGUUCGAGGGCAUGAGGUCUCGGAACAAGGUGCUGUCGAGCGAAGUGAAGACCCUCAGGAGUCAGAUGGUGACCCUGGUGGAGAAGGGCAGGCAUGACGAUGAGCUCAUCGACGCACUCAAGGACCAGCUGAAGCAGCUACAGGAGAUUCUGGGCAGCCUGAGUCUGCAGGAGGAAAAGACGCGAGUGUCCCAGCACCACCUGGACCAGCAGCUCAACAAUGAGGCUCAGCGCAGCAGCAGCCUCAUCACCCAGCUGCGAGCCAUGGUGGCUGAGCGGGAGGCCAAGGUGCAACAGCUGGAGGCAGAGAUCGGGCAACUCAGUGUGCAGUAUCUUCGGAAUAAAGGAGUGAGUGAGGGGUCCAGUGGGCCUGAGGUCAAUCCCACCUAUACCAAGUUCCUGGAGGACCCGGGCCUGACCAAGUCCCCAGCCUCAGCAGGAGAUCAUGUUGGCAGGCUUGGAUCUUCUCGGUCCGUGACCAGCCUGGGCCACACACUGGUAGAAUCUGCUCUCACAAGACCGUCCCUGACCAGUCCCCAUGGGACCUCACCCAGGUUUUCAGACUCUCCAGAGCAAAAAGGCUGGCAGGCACAAGUGACAGAGAUGAAGGCCCUCUGGCAAGCCACCGAGGUGGAGCGUGACCGGCUCACUGAGUUUGUCACUGUCCUGCAGAAACGGGUGGAGGAGAGCAGCAGCAAGCUCCUGGAGUCAGAGAGGAAGCUGCAGGAGGAGCGGCAUCGCACCGUGGUGCUGGAGCAGCAUCUGGAAAAGAUGCGCCUAGAGCCCGGAAGGGCGUCGGCCCCGCAGAGAGCAGCCGCCAGGAACAAAACAGGCCUGCCCCCCUCCAAUGCCAGGCACAACCCGACUGGGAGUGAGAAGAAGGACCCCUCCUCUGCCCAGCUGUCCAGUGUGCCUGUGGAACCCCAGAUGGAGGAGCUGACCACCAGGCUGGCCAUUCAGGUGGAGGAGAACAAAAUGCUGAAGGAUGCCCUGGACAGUGCCCUGCGGGGAAAGGAGGAAGAUUUCCGUAUGUACCACGAGACCCUGGGCCAGGUGAAAGGUGUCUUCCUGCAGGCCCUACGGCAGCAGAAGGCGGACAAGCACUAG